AUGGCACCGCAAGCACACCACCACAGGCCUACUUUAAAGCAGUCCAACAAGUCCUUCAAGUCGAAGCAUGCUUCCAAGGGUUCGUUGAAGACAGCUGCGAAGGGCAAAACGGAGUCCCUUGGCGGUGCGGUUGGUACUCGCAAGGCGGUUGAGGCUGGCUCAAAGCGGGUUCGCCUCAACCAGCAAGCCCAGAAGCGCGAUGCUAAGCAGCGUACAAGCCGUGAGGACGCCAAGUUCUUUUCCACCAGCUCUGGAGGUGGCAAGGUCCCCCGCGUUGUGACUGUCGUCCCUCUUGUCCCGUCUGUCUCAACGGAGCGAUUCCUACUCACCCUACUGCCAUCUCUCGGCCUCUCGGAAGAGGAUAUUGCGGUCAUCUCCUCCAAGUUUAACGAGCACUCUUCAAUCUUGGUACCCGCUCCUCGGUUCAAGACGACUCUGCUCCUGAAUGUGGUUCCUCCCCUGCAGCUGUACCCUACACUAGAUGCGGCGCUCGUUAGCGACACUGUCAUCCUCCUGCUCAGCAGCGUAGAUGAGGUUCAGCUCGAAGGAGAAGCUAUUCUGCGCUGCCUCCAGGGCCAAACUGGAGGAGUAAACAUUGUCUCUUGUGUUCAAGCACCUGCUUCAAACCCCUUGACCCCCGCGUCGCGGUCGCUCGUGCAGAAGUCCCUCCUGUCUUUCUCUCGUUACUUCUUCCCCGAUGUCGAGAAGAUCUUCUGUGCCGAUACUCCGAGCGAGUCUCUCAUUCUGGCGAGGUCUCUUUGUGAAUCGUUGCCUGCCACAAUACACCACGCCGACGGUCGCUCAUGGAUUGUCGCGGAGGGUGACGCUGCGGUUGCCUGGGAGGCCACCGGCCAUGACAACGACUCCCCCGAACAGCUGGGUUUGCUCCGUGUCGUGGGAACUGUCCGUGGCAGCUCAAUGAGCGCCAACCGUCUCGUCCACCUGCCCGGAUUUGGCGACUAUCAGGUUGCCGAGAUUGUCGAGGCUCCCCCCCUUGAUGGCACGGUUCGCCGUCACAAGAACUCGAUGGACGCAGACAGCGGCCCUCGUACUUUGUCUACUCCCGAUGAUGGUGCCGAUGACUUGACUUCCCACAAUGUUCCCGACCUGCUCGCCAACGAACAGACGUGGCCAACUGAGGAAGAGAUGAUGUCGGCUCCUGCUCAGGCCGAAGGUUCCCAACGGAAGGUUAAGCGGGUUCCCAAGGGAACUGGCACCUACCAGGCUGCUUGGAUUUUUGACGAUGAAGAUGGCGACGUGGAGGAGGAGGAGGGAAGUGGCAGCGAGGAUAUGGAUGACGACGCCGCCGAGCUCGACGAGGAGGGUAGUGUCCACUACGACCACGACGAGGUUGAGGAAAUGGAAGAGAUCGAACUCGAUACGCGUGAGGAUCGCUAUCAAGACCUGGCCCCGGAGGAUGAGGAGGCCGAAUAUGCGUCGUACCUGCAGAGCCGGAAGCGUGCACAGCAGGACGACAUGUCCUUCCCAGACGAAAUCGACACACCUCGACACAUUGCGGCGCGUGAGCGUUUCCAGAGGUAUCGCGGUCUGCGUAGCUUCCGCACCAGCCCCUGGGACCCCUACGAGAACUUGCCCCUCGAGUAUGGCGAGAUCUUCCAGUUUGAGAACUUUGCAGCUACGUCGAAGCGCGUUGUGGCCGAAGCUAUAGCCGAUGGUGUUGAGGUUGGCACGCGGGUCAUCAUUGUGAUCCGAGACGUCCCCAAGUCCGUUGUCAGCUCCCGUCACCCAUCGUCGCCUUUGAUCAUCCACGGGUUGCUCCGUCACGAGCACAAGCAGACUGUUCUUCACUUUGUUGUCCAGCGCAACACCGAGUAUAGCGAGCCGGUUGCAGCCAAGGACCCCCUAAUUCUUUGCGUUGGGCCUCGACGCUUCGACAUUCGCCCCCUUCUUUCCCAACACGUACGUGGUGGUGGCAAGGGUGUCAACAAUGUCCACAAAUCUGAGAGGUUCCUCCGGCAUGGAAUGGCAACGGUGGUGACCACGUUUGGUCCAGUUUGCUUUGGGAAAGCGCCUUGCCUUCUGUUGCGCCACAACCCCGACAGCAGCGUUCCUGACCUCGUCGCAAUGGGCUCAUUCCUGUCCUCCGACCCCACUCGUAUCAUUGCCAAGCGCAUUGUCCUCACGGGCCACCCGUUCAAGGUUCACAAGAAGACGGCCACCAUUCGUUACAUGUUCUUCAACCGCGAGGACGUGGACUACUUCAACUCCGUCGAGCUCCACACAAAGUAUGGACGCACUGGUCACGUCCGCGAAGCUCUCGGCACGCACGGCUACUUCAAGGCCCACUUUGAUGGCCCAAUUCAGCAGAUGGAUUCGAUUUGUAUGAGCCUGUACAAGCGCCAAUUCCCCAAGUGGUCGGAGGCGUAUAAGCCCACCGCGACUGUUGCCCUUCUUAGUGAGGAGGAGGAGGCUGGCAUGGAUGUGGAAUGA